AUGGUUGAUUUACGAGAACGUAUUUUGUCGCAUUUAGACAACGAGGAAGAUGUUGACACGUUGUAUUUAGCCGAAAAAUGGAAUGAAGAUCACCAGAAAAUUGUUGGUUCAGUGAAAAGUUUACAAUCUCACGAAGGUUUGAUUGAAGUAAAGCAGAAAAGUUCUUUGAAAUUGGAAUUAACAAAUGAAGGCAAAGCAGUUGCAGAUACAGGCAGUCAUGAAGCUUUGAUCUUUUGUGCAAUUCCUGAAGAGGGAAUAUUGCAGUCAGAAAUUAUGAAAAAUAUUCCUAAUGCCAAAAUUGGUUUCAAUAAAGCAAUGUCUGCUGGAUGGAUUAGAAUAGAUAAAAAUGCAGAAGGAGGAGCUAAAGUUUUUCGUAAGGUUGAAAAAAUCACUGACUCUGUGCAAGAAACACUGCAGCAGUUAGAAGAUGGGACAAUAACAAAACUCCCAGAUGCCCAGUAUAAAGACUACAAGAAAAGAAAAUUACUUAUUGAAGUUAAAGUGACCAGCUAUGUUCUAAGAAAAGGUCCCAAUUUCAGUCUUACAAUUUCUGAACCAGAAAAAGAUUUGACUGAUGAAAUGCUUACAACUGGUUCUUGGAAAAAUCAAGAAUUCAAGCCUUACAAUUUUGAUGCUCUUGGAAUUAUGCCACAGUCAGGUCAUCUACAUCCGCUGCUCAAAGUCCGUGCUCAAUAUAUGAACAUUUUUUUAGAAAUGGGCUUUUCUGAGAUGCCAACAAAUAAUUUUGUAGAAAGCAGCUUCUGGAAUUUUGAUGCUUUGUUCCAACCGCAACAACAUCCUGCACGAGAUGCACAUGACACUUUUUUCCUUUCUAAUAAUCAACAAAUUUUAAUUAAACUAUAUAUUUGUUAA